GGCAGAAUCCGCGAUGGCUGACGCCGCGAGUUCCGCGGUCCCCCUGUGCUCGGAGCAGUUCGGCUCCGGGGCGGCUCGGAGCUGCCGCGCGGCGGCGGACGGCAGCCUGCUGUGGGAGGCCUGGGGGUGGCGCUGGUGGGGGUUCUGCGGGCCCUUCACACUGAAACCCGAUAGGCGGCGGGGGUGCGCUCCCGGGACCGCCUCUCCACCCCUCUCGGGGCUCCUGGCCCUGUUCUUGCCGCAGGGCUUCCCCGAUAGCGUCAGCCCGGACUAUCUGCCCUACCAGCUGUGGGAUUCCGUGCAGGCUUUUGCUUCCAGUCUGUCGGGCUCCCUGGCCACCCAUGCAGUCUUGGUGGGCAUAGGGGUGGGGAAUGCAAAAGCCUCCGUUUCAGCUGCCACAGCCACCUGGCUUGUAAAAGAUUCAACUGGCAUGCUGGGCCGCAUCGUCUUUGCCUGGUGGAAGGGGAGCAAACUGGACUGCAAUGCCAAGCAGUGGAGGCUUUUUGCUGACAUCCUCAAUGAUGCAGCCAUGUUCCUGGAGAUUAUUGCUCCCAUAUACCCGAUCUGUUUCACCAUGACUGUCUGCGCCAGCAACUUGGCCAAGUGUAUUGUGAGCGUGGCUGGCGGGGCGACUCGGGCUGCGCUGACCAUGCAUCAGGCCCGGAGAAACAACAUGGCCGACGUGUCUGCCAAGGAUAGCAGCCAGGAGACGCUGGUUAACCUGGCCGGGCUCCUGGUCAGUCUCUUGAUGCUCCCCCUGGUGUCAGAUAGCCCUAGUUUCAGCCUCGGAUGUUUCUUCCUUCUCACUGCCCUCCACAUCUAUGCCAACUACCGGGCAGUGCGAGCCCUCGUCAUGGAGACCCUGAAUGAAAGGCGGCUCAGGCUGGUCCUGAAGCACUUCCUUCACACUGGGGAGGUGCUUGGCCCCACUCCAGCCAAUCAGAUGGAACCGCUGUGGACAGGUUUCUGGCCGUCUCUGUCUCUCUCCCUGGGGGUCCCCUUACACCGCUUAGUCUCCAGUGUCACUGAGCUGCAGCAGCUGGCUAAGGGGCACCAAGAACCCUACCUCCUCCAGUGGGACCUGUCGCGAAACCAGGUCCAGGUAGUUCUGAGCCAAAUGGCAGGCCCUGAGGCCAUCCUAAGGGCUGCUACCCAUGGGCUGGUACUCAGAGCCCUGCAGGAAGAUGGGCCUCUCCCUGGAGAGCUGGAAGAGCUGAGGAAACAAGUGCGGGCAGGUCCUGAGAAAUUCACAUGGGUCAUCGUACGGGAGAUGCACCAAGUGCUGGACAAGCUGUUCCCCAAAUUCUUGAAAGGACUGCAGGAUGCAGGCUGGAAGACUGAGAAGCACCAGCUCGAGGUGGACGAGUGGAGGGCCACAUGGCUCCUGUCUCCAGAGAAGAAGGUCUUAUGAGCAGCUCCCAGGACAGGCGACCGAGCAAAGACACUCUGACCUUGGCAGGACGUGGAAAGGCAGCUUUAUUUUUGCUUAGGGGCAUUGCUGUAGCAGGCUGACCAUGGCUUUUUGGGAAGUGAGUACCAGUCAGAUGAACUGAGCCCCAGGCAGGGACAAGGUAGAAAAGGGGGAACCAGGGCCCCCCCUCUGCUGUCCACACCCUCUCACCACUGCAGGCUCUGCACCCCCCCUCCACACACACACACACACACACACACAUUGUGGCUUAGCCCAGCCCUGACUGUGGACCAUGAGGUCCAGCGAAGUUG